CAGACUGGACAUUCCUAAACCAUGGGCUGCGAGCGUCGUGCUAGGGCUGAAGGGCUGCAAAGGUUGUGGACAGCUCCCAGUACCGAAAAACGGAGGGGUUUGCCCCGGGGUGACUCUGCCUGAGUCACCGUUCUACCCUUGCCUCCUUCUGGCAAUUCCUCCUGUCGAGACAGACCCAGAUUGGGCCUCUCAUACUUUAGGAGUGUUCAUCUGCUUAAAUUGUUCGGGGAUCCACCGCAACAUCCCGCACAUCAGUAAAGUGAAAUCAGUCUGCUUGGAUGAGUGGGACAGCGCCCAGGUUGAGUUCAUGGCUUCUAAGGGAAACAAUGCACAGAAAGCACACUACGAAUCGAAAAUCCCGCCCUUUUUUUACAAGCCGACUUUUUCCGACUGCCUGCUGCUACGAGAACAGUGGAUCAGAGCCAAAUAUGAAAGGAAGGAGUUCAUUGACGUUGAGAAACAAGAACCGUAUUCUGCAGGGUAUCGGGAAGGAUUCCUUUGGAAGAGAGGCCGCGACAACGGGCAGUUCUUGAGCAGAAAAUUUGUCCUCUCCGAGCGGGAACGUGCCCUGAAAUAUUUCAACAAAAACGAUGCGAAAGAACCCAAAGCCAUUAUGAAGAUAGAGCACUUAAACGCCACUUUCCAGCCGGCGAAAAUUGGGAACCCGCACGGAUUGCAGAUCACGUACUUGAAAGACAACAGCACAAGAAACAUCUUCGUUUACCAUGAAGAUGGCAAGGAAAUGGUGGACUGGUUCAAUGCCAUCCGCGCUGCCCGAUUCCACUACUUGCAGGUGGCGUUCCCUGGAGCGAGUGAUAUUGAUCUGGUACCGAAGCUUUCUAGGAACUACCUGAAGGAAGGUUACAUGGAGAAAACGGGGCCGAAGCAAACCGAAGGCUUUAAGAAACGCUGGUUCACCAUGGAUGACCGGAGGCUGAUGUACUUCAAAGAUCCCCUAGAUGCUUUUGCCCGGGGGGAAGUCUUCAUUGGAAGCAAAGAAAACAGCUACAAGGUCUUAGAAGGUCUCCCGCCCUCCAUCCAAGGGAAUCACUGGCAGCACGGAAUAACCAUCGUGACGCCCGAUCGGAAGUUUCUUUUUGCCUGCGAGACGGAGAGCGAUCGGAAGGAGUGGAUUGCAGCUUUCCAGCAAGUUAUCAGCCGUCCGAUGUUGCCACAGGAAUAUGCAGUGGAAGCCCAUUUCAAACACAAGCCGUAGUGAAGUGGAAUCCGGAACCUGGGAAGCGAGAAUCUGUUUACAAGACACAAAAGACCUUGUUUGUUACCAGUGAUGACAUUUCAGUGAAUCACAUUGGACCGCAAGAGGGGAGGGAGGUGCUAACUACCGAGUCACUUGCCAAGGAUUAAGGCCUCGCAAUGCCAAAAUAGACAUUUUUAGAAGCGUUGAAUUCCAUCAGCCGGAGAAGCCUUGGGCUCUCUGGGACGGUCACCAUGCCGGAGGGAGGGAGGGGGAAAUGUUGCCUUUGAACAAGUUGAUUCCGUGCCUUUUACUCCAUCGUGUAAGGAAUGUAAUUUGGAGGCCAGGAGAUUGAGACCUGUUCUCCUGCAAGAUGAACCCCGGCUCCUUUUCUCCGUGUAUUUGACUAACCGGUAAGGUGAGUGCUCUCUCUCUCUCUCUCAUCCAGAAGUCAUUUUCUCAACACUUCAACCAUCUUCAGCGACCAAGACUACAUUUUUAGAAGAUGGCAGCCGUUCUCUGGACAGAAUCUUGAAAACGCCCAUGGAGGGAAGUCCUUGGUUCAUUGUAGAUCUUCACUCUGUUUGGCUCGACGAGAAGAAAGCAGUAUGAGGCCGAAAGGGUGUCAUGCAUUGUGCUGAAGCUUCAGGAGAAGACCAGCUUCUUCUGGCUAUCGUAUCCCAUGAGAGUUAUCCAUCAGUACCACUGUUUCCCUGACUAUUAAUGUCCAUGCUUUUCACUUACUCGCCUCUGAUCUUCUCAUGGUGCCUCAAGAGCUGAGGGAGAAGGUCUGUGCCUCUAGGACGAAUAGAUGGCCUUCUUCGUGAUGUUUGGGCAUUAGGGACUGGUCAAAGAAGAUGCCCAAGGGAGAGGUUUAUGCUGAACUUUAUUAUAACCAAGGGUGGUUCUGGGUUAGGUUUAGGCAAACUCUGGCUGGCAAACCGAAGCACUCUUCCCAUAAGUAGGAAAAGGGAUCAUCCUAUGCUACAAGCAAGGCAGUGCCUUGCUCUGUAAAUUUUGGGGAAAGUGAAUGCAUUUAUACAUCAGUCAUGAUCUCCCCGAAUCCAGAAUUGAGCUGCCCUGUUCACUAGCUGCCAAGGGUGAGAGCACAAGACUGGGAGCACAAGCAAGGUGCACGUUUAUCCGUGGUCUCUUCCUGGUAGAACACGUUUCCUAAAAAUCUGUCCAUGCAUUUCCAUGUCAUGUUAUCACAUUGCUAUGAAGUCAGAUUAGAGCGAAGAGCAGGGUUCCUGAUCGUGCUCCGAACUUUGGCAAGUCAAAAAUCAAAACCCGGGCUUGGCAAAGUGACCUUUCUGGAACGGAUUUGGAGGGCUGCACUGCCAAAGGUCACAGGGUUGACACCCCCCCCGGGGCUUUCUGAGCAACAAGGACCCCUCCAGUUCUAUCCAGGCUUUGCUGUGCCUCUAGGGGCAGCCCUCACAGUAUCUAGGAGGGAAAUUGACUUUCCCAGGAACAAUAAAUGGUUACAAGC